GCUGGUGUGUUUAGGACUAAAAUGCUGGAAUGUGAUUUGUCAGUUGGCUGUCUAACGCUUAGCUGAUAGCUGGGAUGUGGAUGUUUGGAGACAUGCUGCUGCGCUUCAGGGGAUCAGCGCGCAACGCGUGCCACAGUAUCCCAGGAAAGGCGAAGUAUUAGGCAAGGAAAUGAAGUUUCUUUCUUUUUUCCUUUCCUUUCCUUUUUUUUUUUUUCUAACUUAGUAUAAAUAUAGACAGAUAACAGCUAUAGGCUGACUUACUUGAAAAGCUGUCAGGCUUUACGUUUACAGGUGACUGUUAAUCUAAGCCUAUAUUCAGGACUGAUACAUUCGUGCAAUGAGAAUUUUCCGCAUGUCACUCGUGUAAAACAACAUAAAAACCUACUGAGAUGUCACAUGUGAUAUGGAUGUGGAAUUUACGUUUGGUUUAAAGACGCAGCGAGAUUUAGAAAAACAGAGCCAGGUUGUGAUUUGCGUGUCUCGCCGCCGCCUAAAUUCAAAGUUUACAGCGCUGCUGAAUUCUUGCUGACAUAGUAAAUAUUACUGCUGGCUUGGUGUAAGUCGACUGGAAGGAACGCCUUGGCAUGUGUGUUGCGUCGUGCGUAAAUCCGGGGAAACCCUCGCAGGUUGUCACUCACGAUCAAAUAGCGCGUCGCCAAGAAAUCCUCCUUUUUUAUCGGUAGUUUUGCAUGUCCACACAAACCUGACAUGACGCCCUUACGAGUAUAGUUUUCGCGGACGGCCGUGGCUUAGAUUUUCAGCAGGUGACACCCUGCUGCGUCACUGCAACCUGUCAGACACCCGGGGGCAGCACCAGGCUGCGUAUUCCGUCAAAACGCGCUCUCUCCGAUCGGGCCGGUUAACUCAUCACUCUCACCUCUGCUUUUUGUUGUUCGAAGCGUCAACGAAGCGGGAAGGCGUGAUCGUAUUGAACUCUGCGUUCAGUGUGUAAAUAGUCCCGCCUUAGUCUGAAAAUAACUGCGGCGAACUGAAGCAGGAAACUUGUGCGCUUCACCUCCUGCAGCUCACCGAUGCGCGAUCUGACACUAGAACAGGUUCCCACAAAUCCACAUCAGCACCCGCAACUCCGUAGCCACGUCGCUUCGUCUGAUCCCGGAGGAGUCGAGAGGAAAAUCACGCAAUUCAGACAGAUGACCUCUUUUUACGUCGAAAACGAUUUGGAGGAAGAGCUCAGUCGAGUCAACUGCCCAGAUGAGGAUUUGGAGUUUGAGUACUUGUUUGAAUAUGAACCGCCUUGCAGCGACUUUGCUGGAGGAAAUCAAGAUGACCCCAAUCUAUCAUCUCACAAAGUCCUCAGUCCUGAAUCUGAGCAGGCUUACCCUCUGGAGGAGGUCUCCCCGUACGGCAUCAAGUCCUGCAGUCCCUCCUAUGGUGAGCACAACCCUGAGGUUCUCUCGGGAUAUGAAAACCAGGAGGCCAGAAACUACCCGGACACUGCACGGCCUGCAGGCCUGGCCCUGAGCCCUCGGAUUGAAAUCACCCCCUCCCGUGAGCACUACAAUCAUGGCCGGGACUCCCUGCAGAACCACCACCUGAACAUUAGCCCCAGACCCACCCUGACCGUACCGGGCCAUGAAAAUCUUGCCUAUCGCGAGCCCCAGUGCCUAAGUCCCGCCAGCAGCAACUCCUCCACCAGCUGGCACUCUGAGAACUAUUCCCCCUGGGCGUCUCCUUGCGUGUCCCCCAGCAGCGGCCAGAACACCGGAGACCUCUGCCCCCGAUUGCAGAGCAUCCACACUGGCUCCCCACGCACCUCCCCAGGAACCUCUCCUCGCACCAGCCUAGCUGAGGACGGCUGCCUGGGACCUCGCUCGCCCUCCCCGAGGCCUGGCUCCCGCUCCACCUCCCCACAGGGCAAACGCACCUACGACAUGUACAGGAACCAAGGCCUGAUCCCCGGGCACCGCUCCCGCAGCCCUUCCCCCCACAGCGGCCAUGAAGACCACAGCAUAGCUGCCCACUACACACACAGCGGCGUUCCUGAUGGCAUGAAUGGUUUCGGCAGCACUCAGCCAGGCCUGGUGCCCACUAAAAUAGUCAAGACAACCAACCCGGUUUACACUCUGUACCCAGAGAACCACGGAGACGGGAACUACUUGGUGCCCUGUGAGCAGGACAUGAAAACCAAACCUGCCGCAGAGCCUUUCUUUGUAAUUCCCCCAAUCUGGCCCAAGCCUCUGGUUUCCAGCAUCUGCAGCAUCCCUGUGGCAUCCGUCCCACCUCUGGAAUGGCCAAUCCCCAAUCGCACUGACCAGUAUGAACUCCACAUUGAGGUGCAGCCCAAACCACAUCACAGAGCUCACUAUGAGACGGAGGGAAGCAGGGGCGCAGUCAAAGCCCCCACAGGAGGACAUCCGGUUGUGCAGUUGCACGGCUAUAGGGGCAAGGAUCCGCUCGGCCUGCAGAUUUUCAUCGGUACAGCAGAUGAGCGCAUCCUCAAGCCUCACGCCUUCUAUCAGGUUCACCGCAUCACCGGCAAGACGGUCACGACCACGAGCUACGAGAAGAUCAUCAACGGCACCAAAGUCCUCGAGAUCCCGCUGGAGCCAAAGAACAACAUGAAAGCAAUAAUCGACUGCGCUGGGAUCCUGAAGCUCAGGAACGCCGACAUCGAGCUGAGGAAGGGCGAGACGGACGUCGGGCGGAAAAACACCCGGGUUCGCCUGGUCUUUCGCGUGCACAUACCUCAACCUGGGGGACAGCACGUCUCUCUCCAAGUGGCCUCGCAUCCUAUCGAGUGCUCCCAGCGCUCAGCGCACGAGCUUCCCAUGGUGGAGAAGCAGGACAUGGACAGCUGCUCUGUUCUGGGUGGCCAGCAGAUGAUCCUGACCGGGCAGAACUUCAGCUCCGAUUCUAAGGUCAUUUUCAUGGAGAAAACUCAGGAUGGGCAGCAAAUCUGGGAAAUGGAAGCAACAGUGGACAAAGAUAAGAGCCAGCCUAGUAUGCUGUUCGUGGAGGUGCCGUCGUACCGCGACACGUCCAUCUGUCACCCUGUCAAAGUGAACUUCUACGUCAUCAAUGGCAAGAGGAAGCGCAGCCAGCCUCAGCACUUCACCUACACACCGCUGGCAUGUAAGAAUGCCGCCCUGCUUCUUUGUGCUCCAUCCAUUAAGACGGAGCCCGUGGACGAGUACGAGGCGGACCACAUGGGCUUUGCCGUGUCUCAGAUCUUGGGCUUGUCCCCUCAUUCGUACUACCACAACGCGCGCAGCGUCGUCCACUCAGACAACGGCCUGGUCUCUGGCAUGGCCUCCUGCCAGCGUCUCAGCUCCAGCCUUCCCAACCAGGACGCGCGUUUCCAGCAGCAGAGCCCGGCCAUCGUGUACUCCCGCGGGGGUAAGAGUCUGAGCGGAAGCCCCGCCGUUUGGCAGAGCGGAGGGAUGAUGCCCGACCCCCACCGCUCGGUCCUGGUCCACACUGGCUCCCCGUCGCAGGCCGUGGGCCCCGUCAGUGCCGGCCCCUCCAUCAUCCAGUUCUCCCCCACCAGCCACCACCUCCUUCGGCCGGGGGACACUCAACCCCUCACUGCCUCCCAGCCUGACAACCAGCAGAUCAUCUACUGCGACGCCUACUCUCCGCAGUCGGCCGCCGCCCAUUCGCCCGCGCCCCCACAGGCGGCGGUGACCCACCCACAACACUAUCCCACAGUGAUCCAGCAGCAGCAGCCCUACACGCAGAAGGGGCAGCAGAAAGGCCGGGCCCCGCCUGGGACGGGGCAGAUGGAGGCUGCGGGAGACGGCACGAGGCGGGUGACGGUCAAGGAGGAGAACCUGGACCAGGCCUACCUAGAUGAUGGUGAGUUGAAUGAGAUCAUAAGAAAGGAUCUGACGGGCGUUCAGGCCAGAGCGCAGACAUAGAGAGGGGACCCAAGCAGGAAAUGACAACGCACCCCCAACCCCCCCCCCCCUCGAUACACACAGACAGGCACGCACACAUGCAUUCUACAACCUUCCACCGAGGUGACGCACUUCCAACGAUAAUCAGACUUUCUUUACUCAUACAGAUAGAAAUAUCAGCUCCUGACUGCUGUGUUUGCUUUGGACGUUUUCCUGCAAUAAACAUUUGGCAAACAGGAGAUUUAAUUUGACCCACAUCGUCUGCCACCGCCACCCACUCUGUUUCCAACAAAUGAAACACCAGGCAAAUGUGCCUUAUUUGCUCAUGAUAUUUUCAGGUUGGAACGGUCUCUACUCGAAAAGACUAAAGAAAUGUAGCCAUCAAAGCAACCUGCCUUAAUAUUCAGGCAAUAAACUCAACCCUGUUGGCCUCAUAAUAGAGUUCUGCAGUGAUGUAGCAUGCAGCAGUUUAACCAGACGUUUCUAACCGAAUGAUCUCAGACCAAAAAAUUAGCCCAAAUACAAUCUUUGUAUAUUUUCUGUGGCCAAAAGGUUUAUUGUAUUUUUUAAGAUUUGCACAAUAUGUUGACUGUGUUUAACCUUUUAUGUAGUUUUACAUAAAACAGCGAUGAUCAUCUCAUUUUAAGUGCAGUUUUCAAAUUGAAGUGAAGCGCACACUGCCUUAACCAUACGCAAAUGGUGACCCCCCCCCCCUAGUAUGCACUGUUUUUAAUCAUGGGGAGGUCGAAGUUAUUACCUUUUGUAUAAUAUUUGUGAAUAAUGUACCGUUUUAUAUUCAUUUAAAUAUAUAUUCAGAGGUGCCAAAGUAGCUCCAGAGAGGCCCGCGAUGCUAAUCGCUGGCCUGUGUAUGACGUUUGGCUCUUACAAGCUAAAGUGAGAGAAUUUGUAUACUCUGAUUUAUAGGCAGUUGUGCUCUUUUUUUUUUUUUUUUUUUUUUUGUAUCGAUUGUAAUAACAUGUGUGGUUGUUUCCACAGUCCAAAGCAUAAACUGUGUGUAUUGUUUUGUGUAUAGUGGCAUUUUGAACCUAUCCAUAACGGCGUACUAAAAGCUACCUACACGCUUGCAGGUGUAAAGAGCGUGCAUUGUAUUUUCCAUAGCUGCCAUCAUAAUUUAAACACAAUAAGGAAUUACUGAUAUGCUAAUAUUGAUUGUUUGGAUGAGAAAAGCUCUUGUUAAAAAGAGGAAGUUUGCAUAGUUCUUUUCCACUGAGUGAAUUGGAGUACGGUGAAAGUGCCAAGUGCGACUGCCAAAGACAAAAGAAAAGUAAGACUGAGACACAUUUGAUAUAGACCUAUUUGAUAAGGAAAAAACAAUCUAUUUUGUUAUAUUAAAGCUACUAUUAAUCUCUUGAGGAUAUUUCUCAUUGAGCCAGUGCAGCACAAGUGCAUUUGACAUUUCUUGAAUGUAAUUAGUUUUUCCCCUUUUCUGUAAAUAUUAGAUAUAAAGUCUAAAAUAGAAGCAGCUUGUCUUAAAUAUGUGUCUCUGUGUCCCGUGUGAAAUACACAACAUUAUAGUCGUCAUUAUACCUUUCAUCUGUUUCAUUACAACGUUCUAAAGAAGAUCAUGACACACUUACGCAUAAUAGUUUCUAUUUUUGUUCAUGUGUUUGUUAUUAUUUCGUAGUUCUCGGUUAUGGAAGGGUUAUCAAAAUUAUUUUAUUUCCUGUGUUGGUUGAUGUCAUAUUUUGUUGCAUUUGUGCCUCUUUAAAAAAAAAAAAAAAAAAUCUCUAUUCAUGCUAUUUUUGUAUCCUUAAAAGAAGCAAUAAAUAAUAACCAUAUG